AAAUUUAAAUACCUCUAAAUAAGCAUAAUAUUUUAUAAUUGUUUAAAAAAAAAAUGUUUAACUGGUAACGCCCGCCUGCAACGAACGGUCAGUGGUGAUGUCAUGCGCUUAAACGUCGACAGUCGUCACGAUAAAGACUCGCACGACUGUAAGUGUAAUGGCAGGAACGGUGGAAGCUGACAGAUAUUGCUCUACCGAUAGGAUUACAGGUUGAAAUAUCGGUGAAACGGCGCACUUGUUAAUCUGAUACGAAAUAUUUGACUGGUGCAUUGUUGCAUCGGUCAAAUUUGAGUGGCUAGCCCGCACCGAUAAUAUAUCGUGCCACAGCUCUCAGAAACGGUUUGGUCACUUACAAUUUACAAACAUAACGUCUCCAUGUCUAUAGUUCUGGCAUUCGUUCAGUUGUCACUUACUCGAAUCUCCGCCACUACCAUAGUUCCCGUCAUGGGUAUACCAAGAAUCCAGGUCUAGGUCCAACGUCCAGUAUUGCCGAGACCAGAUAUCCUGACCAUGUCGAUCAUUCCGGCGAUCAAAGUUUACGAGUGUCGACGGUCGAACAGUGUUCUGUUCUAACGGUUGUCCUGUACCACGACUUAUGUUCAUCAACACGUCCACCUAAAAAAAAAUGUUGAAGAUAGAUGGAGCUACUUUAGGGGGAGUAAAAAGGGUUAGAACAUUAACGCCUGACGAAAUAUUAGAAUUAAGAGAAAAGAGGAAUAAACAGAAAGAAAUUGAAAAGAAACAACAAGAAGAAGAAAAAGAAAAGAAGAAACAAGAAGAAGAAGAACGAAAAAGAAAGAGUCAAACACGACAAGCGGAAAUUGAAAUGGGGAAAAAACAACGUAAUGAGGAGCAACAAGUACGUACAACACAAAGAAUAAAAGAGCAACAAGAACGCGAUGCCAAAAAAGCACAGCGUGAAGAGGAAUCAGCGCAAUGUAAAAUGGAAACAGUAAAAUCCAAUGCUGAGCCACAGAUUCGACGUACGCUUAAUAACAAACAAAAUACACCACUCAACCGUUUGCCGAGAAAAAAAAACGUUAACGCUUAAAAAAAUGAAAUAAUAAUAAUAAAUAUUGAAGUUUAAAUUCAAAUAGGACUCAAACAGAUAUUAUAUUAAAAUAAAUUUAAAUUAUAGUUCAAAUAUAGUUAAAUUAUUUUGAUAUAUCGUAGGCGUAACUAGGAGGGUCCUGGAAGGACUUGGGUGGGCUCCACCCCCCCAGAUAUUUUUGAAAAUGUAUUUGCUUAUAAACGCAUUAGUAUUAACUUUAUUUUUUCCUACAAUACAAAAAAUAUAUAAUGUUUCAUGUAAACAAAUAAUCAUUCAAGUCAGUUAUAAACAUCAAUAGAAACAAUAAAUAAUAAUGUAAUUAAAAAAAAUUGUUACAAAACAUUUAGCCCCCCCCCCUAAUUUAAAAACCUAGUUACGCCUAUGUUUUGAUAUAACUGCACAAUAGGCUUAACUAUUUUCAAUACAUAAGUACAAUGCAAUAAUAAUUAUUAUAAUAUAUUGCCGAUUAUUGAAUAAUCUAAAACCAUAUAAUAUAAUUACAUUAUUAUCAAUGUUGAAUUUAGGCAUGUUUCUAGGAUAGGAGGAUGUAAAUGUUCCUCCUGCUAUUUCAUUGACCCUCCUAACAAGUUCAACUUUCAACAAAAUGUAUUUAUAAAUAUACAAUAUUCGUUACAAUUAUCGUACCAAAUAGUGUUUAAUAAAAUAUAAAUAAUAUAAUUAAUUUUUAUCGUUUAAACUUAUAAAUACUAUUUACGACUUUCCCAAAGUUAGAAUAGUUAUAAGAUAACGAAAAAUAAUGAUUACGAAUUACAAUUUAUGAUGACAGCUAAAUUACGAAAUAAUCUAAAACUAUAUAGGUACCUACUAAAGUCGCGAUCCGCGAAAACUCGAAUAAUAAGUUAAAUCAGUUAUACUUAGUUGUUUGCACCUGAGUGUUGUUUUGUAACAAAAAUGUCUAAAAGAAGUAUAACAGAUUAUUUUUCACAAAAUAAAAAAAUAAAACUUCAGAGCCCCGAGAUUCUCAUCAUGAUACGGAUUUAGAUGAAUUCCCUACUCUUCAAAAAAAGACUAUCACUUUACAUAAAUGGUGGAAAAACAUAUUUAAAUAAUGAAUUUGAAAUUAUUUAUGGAGGAUCACCCAAAGUCAUGACGAAAAUAGAUGGUGCUGAUUUUGCAGGAGUGAAAAGGGUUCGAAGACUAACAUCUAAAGAAAUAUUAGAACUCAAGGAAAGAAGGAAUAAACAGAAAGAAAUUGAAAAGAAACAAGAAGAAGAAGAAAAAAGAAGGGAGCAAAAAGAAAAAGAAAGGGAGAAGAGACAGGAAAAAAAAGAAAGAGAAAAGGAGAGGAAACAGGAAGAAAAAGAAAAAGAAAGGGAGCGAAAACAGGAAGAAAAAGAAAGACAAAGAGAACGGAAACAAGAAGAAAAAGAAAGACAAAGGGAAAGGAAACAGGAUGAAGAAGAAAGACGAAGAGAGCGAAAAAUGGGCGAAGCACGUGGAAUAAAAGGAACAAGACGCGAUACCAAAAAAUCACAGCAUAUAAGGAAAGCAUCACAAUAUGAAGUAGAAAUAUUAAAAUCUAAUAUUGAUCAACAGAUUCGACGUACACUUAGUAAUAAACAAAAUACACAACUCGGCCGUUCACCGAGAAGAAAAAACGUAUAAGCUUAAACAAAUUAAAUAAUAUUAAAAAUUAUAUUCAUUUAUUACUCAAACAGAUAUUAUAUCAAAAUAAAUAAUUUAAAUUAUAGUUUGAAUAUAGUUCAAUUAUAUUUAUAUAGUUUCACAUUGUGUUCAUCUAUUAUUAAUACAUUACAAUUAUCUAAAAAUCACCUACUAUACCUACAUUAUUGUCUGUUGUGUGAACAUAAUGAAUUAUUGUUUAAAUUAAUUAGUAUUUAUACUAACAUUUUAUUGUAUUUUAAUUACAUAAAUUAUAUACAAAAUAGCAAUCAUAUAUGAUAUAUUGUGAUAUACCCGUGUACAUAUACAUAUAUGGGCAUUCUUACAAUGCGUGACUUACAAAUCAAUGGUGAUCUACACGUAAUAAACACAAAAUAAUAAAUGCAUUUCAUGUGUAUAUAAAUACUAAAUUAAACGUAUUAAUUUUCUAAUAGUUUUU